CGGGCUGGGGGUCCCGCCGCAUCGUGGGGGUGGAGAGGCUGGAUUUUGUCCCGAGGGGCGCAGCAGGCGGGCUGGGGGUCGGCGGCCGGUUCUGCGCGCGGGAUGGAGAGCCAGGGCUCAAGGAUGCCGCUCACCCAGAAUUAACGCGGGAGCCCCAGACGUUCUCCAGCACUCGGCUGCAAUCCCCGGGGCUCCUUUAGACUUGCCCUUGCUCCUGAUGCCCUCCUCCCUGAAGGGCCUGGGGCAGGCCUGGCUCUCCAGCUCCAGCAUGGCCCUCAGCGCCUGCUGCUCCGUCUCAGCCUGGCAGAAGCGGCUGCCUGUCCUGGCGUGGCUGCCUCGGUACUCACUGCAGUGGCUGAAGAUGGACUUCAUCGCUGGACUCUCAGUUGGCCUCACAGUCAUUCCCCAGGCGCUGGCCUAUGCAGAAGUGGCUGGACUGCCUCCCCAGUACGGCCUCUACUCUGCCUUCACGGGAUGCUUUGUGUAUGUCUUCCUGGGCACCUCCCGGGAUGUGACUCUGGGCCCUACAGCCAUCAUGUCCCUCCUGGUAUCCUUCUAUACCUUCCAUGAGCCUGCCUAUGCUGUGCUGCUGACCUUCCUGUCAGGCUGCAUCCAGCUAGCCAUGGGGCUCCUGCAUUUGGGGUUCCUGUUGGAUUUCAUCUCCUGCCCUGUCAUUAAGGGGUUCACCUCCGCUGCUGCCAUCAUCAUCGGCUUUGGACAGAUCAAGGCUGGGCGAUGCCAUUCUGGGCCUGGUCUGCAUGGUGCUGCUGCUUGUGCUGAAGCUCAUGCGGGACCGCAUUCCUCCUGUCCACCCCGAGAUGCCCCUCUGCGUGCGGCUCAGCUGUGGGCUGGUGUGGACCACUGCCACAGUCUCACUAAGCUGCCCAGGCUGGCCUUGAACUUGAAACACUCCUGCAUCAGCUUCCCAAAUGACUGGGAUCACAGAUCCGCACCACCAAGCCUGGCCGAGAAAGCUCGUAAUGCCCUAGUGGUCUCCUUCGCGGCCCUGGUUGCAUAUUCCUUUGAGGUGACUGGAUACCAGCCCUUCAUUCUAACUGGAGAGAUAGCCAAGGGGCUGCCGCCUGUGCGAGUCCCUCCCUUCUCGGUGACCAUGGCCAAUGGGACUGUCUCCUUCACCCGGAUGGUGCAGGACCUGGGGGCAGGGCUGGCAGUGGUGCCCCUGAUCGGGCUGCUGGAGAGCAUCGCAGUGGCCAAAGCCUUCGCAUCUCAAAACGAUUACCAUGUGGAUGCCAACCAGGAGCUGCUGGCCAUCGGCCUCACCAACAUGCUGGGUUCCUUUGUGUCAUCCUACCCGAUCACAGGCAGCUUUGGGCGGACAGCUGUGAAUGCCCAGUCUGGGGUGUGCACCCCUGCGGGAGGCCUGGUGACCGGUGCACUGGUGCUGCUGUCCCUAGACUACCUGACCUCGCUCUUCUACUACAUUCCCAAGGCUGCACUGGCUGCUGUCAUCAUCAUGGCUGUGGUGCCACUGUUUGACACCAAGAUCUUCGGGAUGCUGUGGCGAGUUAAGAGGCUGGACCUCCUGCCUCUCUGUGCAACUUUCCUGCUGUGCUUCUGGGAGGUCCAGUAUGGCAUCCUGGCAGGGACCCUGGUGUCCACGCUGUUCCUGCUGCACUUCGUGGCCAGGCCUAAGACCCAGGUGUCAGAGGGACCGGUCCUCAUCCUGCAGCUGGCCAGUGGCCUGCACUUCCCUGCCAUUGAGACCUUGCGGGACAUUGUACUGAGUCGGGCGCUGGAAGUGACCUCGCCACGCCCUGCGGUUCUGGAGUGCUCCCACGUCUGCAGCAUUGACUACACUGUGGUGCUGGGCCUGGCCGGGCUGCUGGAGGACUUCCGCAAGCAGGGUGUCUCCCUGGUUUUCUCUGGCCUGCAGGCUCCUGUGCUCCAUACCUUGCUGGCUGCAGACCUGAAGGGGUUCCAGAACUUUCCCACCCUGGAGAAGGCAGAGCAAUACGUGAGGCAAGAGCUAGGCAUGGAGCCCUACAACGUUUGUGAAGAUUCUGUCCCAGAACAUAAGGUCACCCUGCUGACAGCCUAACCGGGCCACUGGGGGCAGCUGGCGUAGUCUCCCAGAAGGUGCCUGUCUGUGUUUGACAUCGGUCCUGCCUGAGAGACGUGCUGGCUACACAGAGGAACCCCUGGAGGGAUUCUGCUGCCCUCUGCAGGCACCUGCCCGCUCCCCCCUGGGCGUGGACCUUGUUGGGAGAGUAGUUGGAGAGAGCUGCCACGGCUAUAGCCCAGAGAUGGCAGAAAGGAGCAGCAGCAGGCCGCCGUGGGGCAGGUACCUCAGAGGCGCAUCCGUUGCCAUGCAGUGGCUCUGCUGUGGCUUGAGAGAGGACCAGGGUGUGCCAAAUCUCUCAUCUCUUUUAAAACACUUCUGUGUUUUUUAAAUUCAAGAGAUAGCUUCGGUGUUUUGUAAAGAUCGUAAUUGCUUAUUGUAAAAAGUAAAGGAAGCCAUCCCCCGUCCUCUUUGAUCAGGCCAGACCCCACCCAGUGCAGGCACCUGCCCGUGCGUGAGUGGGUUGGCGUCAAUGGAAUCACUUCCCAUGUGCUGCUGUGCUGCCUGGGUUUCCAUGCAGGCAUUUGCCAUCAAUUAUUUAUUGUGAUAAUAAAUGAUCUACGUGGUUUUUAA